AAUGAAAAAGUAAAUAUACAGAUGAAUAACGUGGUUUUUAUCAUUAUUAAAUAAACAAAUAACUCAUGACAACUCAUUUUGUAAUAACUAAAUUUAUUUGAUUAAAAUUAUAAAACAAACUAAAUUAUUUUAUUACCGUUAGUCAAUUUAUUUAAAUUUUAUGAUUGAGUUAAGAAAAUCUAUUGACAAAUUUUAAGGUUAAACUUUAAAUAAAGAAAAUGGCAAAGACGUUAGGCAGCAAAAAUAAAAAAGCCGAAAGUGACGAAGAGUCCCACGUGGAGAAAAAGUCAAAGAAGAAGAGCAAGGCUGUUGAGCAAAAUGAUGAAGAGCAAGUGGUUGAAAGCAAAGUUAAGCAGAAGAGGAAAAAGAAUAAGGAGGAGCCCGUUGAAGAAGUUCCGGUGAAAAAAGCUAAAACUGAUGAAGAAAGCAUUGAGGAUGUAGAUGAAGAUGUAGCGGAAUUACACGAGGAAGGCAAGAUAAGAAAAAUAAUAAAAAAGUCUGGGGAAAAAGGUCCUUCGAAGAGAGAGCUGAAAAGGAAACGAUUGGAAGAGAAAAAUGCCCAGAUAAAAUUGGCUAGCAAACAAGAAGCUAUGGAUAAAGCUUUAAAUUAUGUUUCUAUGUGGAAACACGCAAAAAGCCAAUGGAAGUUUGAGAAACUCAAGCAAAUUUGGCUGAUGGAUAAUUUACUGGACCAAGAAUAUGUUCCUGACUCUGUUUUCCCAACAGUUCUUGAAUAUUUUGAAGGCUGCAAAGGCAUGGCUCGUGAAACCUUGUACAAGAAAGGCGUCGAAGUGAUUAAAAAAUAUGAGCAGAAUCAAGAAAAAGAAGAUGAGACUGACGAAGUAGUUGAAACUAUCGAAUACAAACGCGCUAGAGAACUUUUGCAAGCUUUACCGACAGAAAGUUAAACAAGAUUUGAAGA